AUGGAUGGAAUGAUCACUUUGACCCAAGCCUGCUUGAGCGAGGAGGUGAUACGUGCCAAAGAGCGAGAAGCGUCAUACUCACAAAUCUAUGGCGUUAUUCUUCCGCCACCUGCGGACGAUGAAAGCAACCCCUUGAUGAUGGCGAUCCCUCAUCUUAAAGAUCCAAACGAUGUCUCCUCGUUUUUUUCUAUGAUCUCACGAGCAUCCUUCGACAACCCAAGCUUAUCUGUCACGUCAGAUGCGUCAGCCGAGUCGCUAGAUGAGCACGCUUGGCACCUGUUGGAACAAUACCGCGCAUCUCUUGUAUCAGAGAUGGCUGCCAUCAUUCGAAACAAGCAAGAAGAAUGGCUUGAGCAUGUUCAAAAAGCUCGCUCGCAACUCCUUCUGCUUGCGCAGCACAUAGGACCGUCCAAACCGGCUGUGAGCACCGGAUCCUCUACGCCGCAGUCAGACGUGGAGCAUCCAAAGUCGGACUUGUUCGCCAAGCGAUUUUUGGAAGAGACUCUUGUACCACCGCAGCGCUCUACUGGGACACUUGGUGCUUCACUCGCACGGUAUAGUGAAACGCACACUGGCGCAAAGAGUGAAAGCCCAGUGGAACAUGCACCCUCACCGUCUCCACCAUACGUCAAUCAGUCUGGUGCGCGUUUGAUGGAUGGUGGCAAUAGCAGCGAUCACAGCGUGGCCGUUAAUGCCGCUAGCACGGCGGCUGCUGCGGCUGCCGCGGCUGCUACCUCAUCGUCCGCUGCUGUGUUGGAGAGCUCGGCCGUGUCGCCCUUGACCCUCAGCAUGUCAGGAGGGCUAAAGGACGCCGCACCUCAGGAGGACAUGGGAGAACAAGACGAUGGAUCUGGCAAAGAAGACCAAAUGUUUCAAACGGACGAAGACAUGACCGCUGCUCGUCCGGUCUCACAAACAGGGCGAGGCGAACAUGAGCCAUUUGCGCGGCAUGUUCCAGAACGUACGGUGACCGACGAGAAAGUCGCCGAGCUUCUGAGCAGUGGGCUUGCCACCUCUUUCUCUGCCAUUUCUGUUGCGCAACAAGCAGUUAAUUUUCCUCGCUCCCGCUUGGAACAACUUGGCUUGAAGGGCGCUUAUGACGUGCCGGACAACCAUCAUGUUCGUCGACUGCCGCCGGUGCCGCGUAAGAAACGCAGUUUCCUUCAGAAUAUGCACGAUCAUGAUGAGGACCUUGCUUUAGCUGGUGCUGUCGCUGCACACGCGCCGUCACAUCGUCAUAACAACGCAGCUGUAGCGUCGAAUGAUGCGGGUCAUCAUCCUCCUACUUCAAAGCGCGCGACAGAACCAGAUACCCAGCUCUCCCUCGCAACUUCUGUCCCAUACCAUCCCCUAAUCCCAGUUCGCAAUCUAAGGCGACGGGAAAUGACGGAAGGAAUCGAUCAUGAGCCCAAAACCAGCUUGCCAUGCAACGAGAACCGGAUGGUGCCAUCACUUCUCCAGGCGUUGCGUGAAAAGAAUAGUAUGUCACCUGUGUCAAAGCGUACGACUGGCUUCCAACUGCCCUCGGCGCGCCCGAUACCGUUAACGCCCAAGCCACGCUCAGUGUUUCAUGUGACGGUAAACGAUGAGCUGCCACCAAUUCCACAAGCGCCUAGUAGGCAUCUUCGUCUGGACCCAUCAUCUGGCGGCUCACCGCGCGCUUUGAACAAUGUGAAUCUAGAGGCAAUGAAAGAUUCUGAAGUUUUUGAUGAAUCUAUGAACAAGGCUUUAUACUUCAUGCACUAUCUGCAGAACCUCAAGCUGGCGAAACGCACAGGCUGGUAUCACCACAAUGUGCCGGAGCCGGAGUCUAUAUCAGACCACAUGUAUCGUAUGGGUGUCCUGGCAAUGCUCAUUAAAGAUGACAAGAUCGAUAUCCGCAAGAGCGUCAUGAUGGCCUUGGUCCAUGACAUUUCGGAAGCACUGGUUGGCGACUUGACACCGCACUGCCAAGUGGACAAAGACGAGAAAUCUCGCCGCGAGCACGAGGCAAUUCACAUCCUCACCCAUGAUCUUCUUGGUGAUACGGAUGCAUCGCACACAAUUUUUCAGCUGUGGCGCGAAUAUGAAGAACGACAAACUCGUGAGGCCGUGCUAGUCAAGGACUUGGAUUGCUUUGAACUGUGUCUUCAAGCGUUCGAGUAUGAAAAACUACACGACAUCCAGGACUUACAGCAGUUCUGGCUCGGCGCUGCCCACAAAAUCAAACAUCCGCAGGUCCAGGCGUGGCUCGCCGCUCUGCUACGUAAGCGCCGUGUCCUGUGGGAAAGCCGCGGUUUUUCAUAUGAUGACGCUACGCAAUAG